AUGCCUCCCAGAGCCAAGAAAACAGAAAGCAGCGCGCCUGCCAAGGCAGCUGCUACCACCAAAGCCUCGACCAAGUCUGCCGCGACCAAGGCCGCAAAAGUAACCAAAAAGACCACGACUGAGAUUCCUUCUCGCUCUCGCAAGGCUGCGCCAGCCAAAAAGGUUGAGGAGGAGGAGACCAAAGACGAUGCCGCCGAGGUCCCCGAGGUAAAUGGUGAUGCUAAAGAAGAGGUCGAGGAGACCGAGGAGACCGAGGAGGAGGUAGCCAAGCCCGCACAGAAAAAGACUGCUGCUAGCAGUAAAGCAGCUACCGCAACCGCCAGCAAGGCGUCCGUCAAGGCCAAGACCACCAAGCGCAAAGAUCGCGAUGAUGAGGACCAGAAGCCAGCCAAAAAGUCGAGGAAAGCUGUUCUGCCUGGUCCAGGCAACCCCAUCAACAAACUCCCCGAAGUUAUUCUCGACAUUUUUGUUUUUGGUGAAGGCACUUCGGGCGAACUGGGAUUGGGCAAUCAAAAGCACGAAAACAAGAAGCCGGUUGAUGUCAAGCGUCCGCGCCUGAACCAUAACCUGGACGCCCUCAAGGUUGGCGUCGUGGCCAUUAGCUGUGGUGGUAUGCACGUUGUUGCUCUUACGCACGACAACAAGAUCCUGACAUGGGGUGUCAACGACGACCGUGCUCUCGGCCGUGACACGACUUGGGACGGCGGUGUUCGCGAUGCAGACGAUUCCGACUCGGACGACGACGACGAAGGUUUCAAGGAGAUGAACCCCAACGAGGCCACUCCAGGCCGGGUAAAUUUUGACGAUGUUGUCGCGGCUGGAACCAGAUUUGUUCAGGUUGUCGCCACCGACUCUGCAUCAUUUGUCCUGACCGAGGACGGCCGGGUUUUUGGCUGGGGUACCUUUAGAGGCUCUGAUGGAAUCAUUGGCUUCACCAACACCGUUCGUGUCCAGCAGUUUCCUGUUCAGGUUGAGGGGCUCAAGAAUAUCACCCGCCUUGCCGCUGGCGCAAACCAUGUCCUGGCUCUGGAUUCAGAUGGCAAAGUCUUUACAUGGGGUAGCGGAGGCCAAUUCCAGCUGGGACGCAAAGCCAUCACUCGUGGCAACAAGAACACUGGUCUGAACCCAGAGCCCUGCGGCAGAUUUACUCGCAAGCACCACGCUGUCGCCAUCUCUGCCGGCUCGUACCACAGUUUCUACAUUGACAAUGAUGGCGAGGUCCACGCCUGGGGUCUCAACAACUACUCUCAGACUGGCCACAACGAUGACGCUGGCAGAGACGAUGCCAUGGUGCUAAACCCCAAGAUUGUCAAGUCAUUGCGCGGCAAGAAGAUUGUCUCGAUAGAAGGAGGCAUGCACCAUUCCGUGGCUGCGACCGCCGAGGGUGAAUUGCUCACUUGGGGACGCGUUGACGGCCACCAAGUCGGCCACCACGCCAGCGUCUACAACGAGGACAACACUGUCUAUGACGAGCACGAGAAGCCCCGUAUCUUGAUUGAGCCCACCGUUGCUGGUAGAGACUUCAAGACCACCUUUGUGGCUGCGGGUACCGACAACAACUUUGCCAUUACUGACAAGGGCACCGUGUAUUCGUGGGGUUUCUCGGCAAACUACCAGACUGGUCAAGGUACCACUCAGGAUAUUGAAGAGCCGACCUUGAUUGACAAUACUGCUAUUCGCGACAGGAACAUUGUCUGGGCUGGUGCAGGUGGACAGUACUCGAUAGUUGCUGCUUCCCACCCCACGCAACCCCCAGGAGUCGUUGUCAAUGGACACAUUGCACAAAAUGGAGUAAAUGGACACUAA